GCGCUUUGCUUGGCUUUUGCCACCGCCCAGGGCAAGGUCUACUUCUCGGAAACUUUCGGCAGCGGCUGGGAGAGCCGAUGGACGUCCAGCGAAUGGAAGAAGAGCGAUGGCACCCAAGGUACCUGGAAGCUGUCAGCCGGCAAAUGGUUUAGUGAUGAGACCGAAGAUCAAGGCAUUCAGACCGCAGAGGACUCUCGCUUCUUUGGCCUGUCUGCCGGCUUUGAGUCCUUCAGCAAUGCAGGCAAAGAUUUGAUCAUCCAGUAUCAGGCCAAGUACGAGAAGGACAUCGAGUGUGGAGGCGGCUAUGUGAAGAUUGGGCCAAAGCUGUCGGAGCCAACCACCUUCGGGGAUCCCACACCUUACAACAUCAUGUUUGGUCCUGACAAGUGUGGCUACACCAAGCGAACUCAUUUGAUCUUCAACUACAAGGGUAAGAACGUCCUGAAAAAGUCGGAUUUGGCCUACAAGCAAGAAGGUGAUGGCACCUCGCACGUCUAUCGCCUGAUCCUGAAGCCCGACAACACGGCCCGAGUGGAAGUGGAUGGAGAGAAGAUCUACGAAGGAUCUUUGAAGGAGGACUGGGAGCUGCUUGCACCUAAGGAGAUCAAGGAUCCUGAGGACAAGAAGCCCAGCGACUGGGUGGAUGACUCGAUGAUGGAUGAUCCGGACGAUAAGAAACCAGAGAACUGGGUGGAGGAGAAACGCAUCGUGGACGAAAAGGCUAAGAAACCCGAUGACUGGGAUGAUGAAGAGGAUGGUGAAUGGGAAGCGCCUAUGAUCGACAACCCUGAGUACAAGGGUGAAUGGACUGUGAAGCGAAUCUCCAACCCUGCCUACAAGGGCACGUGGGAGGCCAAGAAGAUUGCGAACCCUGAGUUUGUGGAUGAUGACAACUUGUAUAAAUACGAUGACUUUGGAUUCAUCGGUUUUGACCUGUGGCAGGUGAAGGGCAACACCAUUUUUGACAACGUCAUCAUUACAGACGAUGUCGCGGAGGCCGACAAGUUUCUGCAGAAGUGGAAGACGCUGAGUGACGUUGAGAAGGCCAAGAAGAAGGAAGAGGAUGACGCCAAAGCAGAAGAAGCCAAGAAAGCGGCCGAUUCGAAGGAUGAUGACGAUGACGACGAUGCGGAGGAGGAGUGA